AUGGUCAAGCUAAGACCAACGUCAUCUAGGCAACUAUUAGCAUUGCUCAGUCUACAUCAGGGUAAAACUUUUGUUAGAACAAAUGCUACAACUACAUCAGUGGCCAAGUGGCCAGAACUUUCAGAUUCGGACUUUACCCAGAGCUCGCAAGGAAGCAUCUCAAAGCAACCGGAUUAUAUUAAAUUGAUUUUAACAUCAAGAGUUUACGACGUUGUUCCGGAUGCAGGCACACCAUUAUCUCAUGCAAUAAACUUAUCUCGGAGAUGUGGCUCCAACAUUUAUCUAAAGCGUGAAGAUUUGCUACCAGUCUUUUCUUUUAAGUUGAGGGGUGCCCAUAAUAUGAUUGCCCAUUUACAUUCUAACUCAAAACAGCCAAUGUCUGGUGUCAUUGCGUGUUCUGCUGGUAAUCAUGCACAAGGAGUUGCUUACUCUGCUAAUAAGCUAAACAUUCCUGCCACUAUUGUCAUGCCAACUCCUACUCCAUCAAUAAAGUACAGCAAUGUUUCGAGAUUGGGUUCACAGGUUGUAUUGUAUGGUGAUGACUUUGAUUCUGCUAAGCAAGAGUGCGCAAGACUAAGUAAAGAAAACAAUUUGGUGAAUAUCCCACCAUUUAAUCAUCCGUAUGUUAUUGCAGGUCAAGGUACCGUUGCGUUAGAAAUCACGAGACAGUUGAGAUUGGAUAAAUUAAGUGCCAUAUUUGUACCAGUUGGAGGCGGUGGUUUAAUCGCAGGUGUUGCGGUCUAUUUGAAACAUAUAGCACCACACGUUAAAAUCAUUGGAGUAGAAACCUAUGACGCCGAUGCUUUGUAUCAGUCAUUGAAGAAUAAGGAACUGACACAGUUGGACAAAGUCGGACAAUUUGCUGAUGGUACUGCUGUCAAGGUGCUUGGGGAUGAGACAUGGAGGUUAUGCAAAGACUUGGUUGACGAAGUUGUGUUGGUCAAUACUGACGAAAUCUGUGCCGCAAUCAAGGACAUUUUCGAGGAUACAAGGUCCAUUACCGAGCCUUCAGGAGCCUUAUCUGUUGCUGGAUUGAACAAGUAUAUCGAUAUCCACCCCGAAAUUGAUCACAGGAAUAAAACAUAUGUUCCUAUUUUAUCAGGCGCAAAUAUGAAUUUUGAUAGGUUAAGAUUUGUCAGUGAAAGAGCUGUUUUGGGUGAAGGUAAAGAGGUUUCUUUAGCUGUGACCAUACCCGAGAAACCAGGUGAGUUUGCUGUGUUGCAACAACUUAUUAACCCAAGAGCAAUUACAGAGUUUUCAUAUAGAUGCAGUGGACUCGACAAGGCAAACAUUUUUGUUUCCUUCAAUGUUGCUGAUAAGAAGGUCGAGAAGCCUUCAGUCAUUGAUGCCAUGACCAAGGCAGGAUUUGAAGUUGUAGAUAUUUCAGAAAACGAGUUGGCUAAAUCGCAUGGUCGUUAUUUAGUUGGUGGAAAGUCACACAUUUCAAGAACGGAAAAUGAAAAGUUGUACCUGUUUGAGUUUCCAGAGAAGCCCAAUGCGUUGUUCAACUUUUUGCAAGCAUUGAAAAGUGAUUGGGAUAUUAGUUUAUUCAAUUACAGAAAUCAUGGCCACGAUGUCGGUAAAGUUUUAUGUGGAUUUAUCUUACCCGAUGGCUCAGAGGUUGAAUUUCAAGAGUUUUUGAAAAAGAUUGGCUACACAUUUGUCGAUGAAUCAGACAACGUGUUUUACAAGAAAUUUUUGAAAAACUGA